CGCUGCCGCGGAGACUGGUGGGCUUAGCGUCUCUCCGGGCUGUAAGUGCCCCGGCCCGCCGAGGGGUGGCCCUGCAGGCACCGUGACAGUCGGGGUCGGGGCCCUGGCCCGUGGUGGCAGCGCUCUGAGAGGCGAAGCCGGACAGUUGCCCAGGCCACUGUCGGGAGGGCCUUGGAGUCUCGGAUCUUUGUCCCGCCCACAUCUUUUGAGGGGCAUGGGGGGAGUGAGGCCCAGAGAUGGGGAACGACUUGCUCGGGUCGUGGAGACCUGGGGCGCCAUCCCAGGUGCCCUGAUUGCGUCUAAGGCUCUUUCCGGCCACCCUGGCACCUUCUCCCUCUGAGCUCUCCAAGCUCCUCAGUAGUGACACGUAUAAUCUUCCAGUUCCGAGUGGAAAAAGCGAGGUCCUCCCCCUCCCUCUGCCUGCUUUUCCAGCUCUUGCUGCGUUUGGGGACUUAGGACCAUGUGCGACUGAUUGCCUUGGAAUUGUACUUGGGCAUGUUGGAUCCUGAUGUUUCCCCCACCAAUGCUCAGUGACUGGAGGGGAAGGGUCAGCACCUCUUCUCUGGGUACUUUCCCAAAGCGAGUGAAAAUUGUGGAAGUUGGUGCCCGAGAUGGACUACAGAAUGAAAAGAAUAUCGUAUCUACUUCUACAAAAAUCAAGCUGAUAGACAUGCUUUCUGAAGCAGGACUCCCCGUUAUAGAAGCCACCAGCUUUGUGUCCCCCAAGUGGGUGCCCCAGAUGGCUGACAAUGCUGAAGUUUUGAAGGGCAUCCAGAAAUUUCCUGGCAUCAACUACCCAGUCCUGACCCCGAAUAUCAAAGGCUUCCAGGCAGCGAUUGCCGCUGGAGCCAAGGAGGUGACCGUCUUUGGAGCUGCCUCAGAGCUGUUCACCAAGAAGAACACCAAUUGCUCCAUUGAGGAGAGUUUACAGCGAUCUGAUGAGAUCCUGAAGGCGGCUCGGGCCGCCGAUAUCCCCGUGCGUGGGUAUGUCUCCUGUGUGCUUGGAUGCCCCUAUGAAGGGAAGAUCUCCCCGGCCAAAGUAGCUGAGGUCACCAAGAAGAUGUACUCGAUGGGCUGCUACGAGAUCUCCCUGGGGGACACCAUCGGUGUGGGCACUCCUGGGGUCAUGAAGGACAUGCUAUCUGCGGUCAUGCAUGAGGUGCCUGUGGCUGCCCUAGCUGUCCACUGCCAUGACACCUACGGCCAGGCCCUGGCCAACACCUUGAUGGCCCUGCAGAUGGGAGUGAGUGUCGUGGACUCUUCUGUGGCAGGACUCGGAGGCUGUCCCUAUGCACAGGGGGCAUCCGGAAACUUGGCCACAGAGGACCUCGUCUACAUGCUGUCUGGCUUGGGCAUUCACACGGGUGUGAACCUCCAGAAGCUCCUGGAAGCUGGGACCUUUAUCUGCCAAGCCCUGAACAGAAAAACCAGCUCCAAAGUGGCUCAGGCUACCUGUAAGCUGUAAGCCCCUUUGGGGGACUCUUUGGGAAUAGGGGCACUCGUGAAUGAUUCAGGAAAGGGCAUGUGGAAAUGGGAAUGAAAUCACCCGGAGCAGGCACCUCCCUAGCAUGUCCACACAUAGGUCUCCUGCAAAAGGGAGGCAAGGGACAGGAGCUGCUUGGCCUCUGGCCCUUCCUGCCAAACUCUAGUCUGAGUGAGAAGCCUGGAGUGCUGUGGGUCUCCCUGCCCCAUGAACCCACCGGCCCAGGAGUUGAAUGCCCAGUUCCCUGGUGCUCAGGCCCCAUCUCUGGGUGAGGUCCGUCAGCAAGCUACACAGCCUGACCCUGCUGUGGCUCUGGGGCCAUCGCUGACUCCGUAGGGCAGAGGGGCCUGGAGGAGUUUUUCCCCAAGCUGGCAGAGGACAUUUGCAGAAGGGGUGAAGGCUGAGCUGCUCCGGUGACCACCUGCUAACGCCAGCGUCUUUGGAAAAUGCCGGCUCUGAACAUGAUUUCUGAGCACAGCUUGUGUAAUUAAAGGUCUAAUGACAUAAAGGCGUG